AGGAGGAGAGUCCGCGUCUUAUACCCAUUAAGUCAGAGGAAAGAGUCCGCAUCUUAUACCCGUUAAGUCAGAGGAAAAGUAACCGCCGCUGCCGGAGGAGGAGAGCCCGCAUCUUACACCGGUGAAGUCAGAGGAAAGAGUCCGCAUCUCCUACCCGUGAAGUCAGACUAAAGUAACCGCCGCCGCCGGAGGAGGGAGUCUGUCAAACGAAGCGGAGUCGGCAUCUUACAACCGUGAAGUCAACUCGCUCACUCACUCAGGAAUAUAUGGACACUUUUUACUUUCUUCUGACUUUUGGAAACCUCUAAACAUAGAGCUGCAUAGCCCCCGAAUCACCCUAUGCCAUUUUUGUAAGUCGUAUCCUAGCUACAGUUUUACCGCCAUUGGUCCGGAGGAAAGUGUUUGGAGUUUUUAUUGAUUCACAACGGAGUUGAGACUGUGGAUUGGGUUCAAUCUUUCCGGUAAAAAAAAUGAGUUGGCUACAGCUUCUCAGGAUUGUGCUGUGCGCAGCGACCUGUCUCCGCCGUGCCGCCGCUCUGCCCGCUGCAGGCUGUGAGGGAGACGGGUGUACCAGAGGUCAGACCUCCUCUUUAUCACCUGCUCCGUCUUCUUCGUCUUCCGUGGUGGUGAAACCCAAGCAGCCCUCCCAGGACUUCCUGGGCCAGUUUACCCAGGUGAGCUCACCAAACGGUGGGGACCGUAAACACCGCGACGCCAGCGCCGUCCUGCCCUUCAUCGGCCUCACAGGCAGUGCUGAGCAGAGUCGGAGCUGCUGUAAGAACGGAGGAACCUGUAUCCUCGGCAGCUUCUGUGCCUGCCCUCCAUUCUUCACGGGGAGGAGCUGCGAGUACGACCAGCGCAUCAGGAGCUGCGGUUCGAUUCCUCACGGCGAGUGGGUUCAGAAAGGAUGCUCCUACUGUCGCUGUGGUUACGGCGUCCUGCACUGCUUCCCCCACGUCUUCAACAACGACUGUGAUGACUCGGAGGAGGUGCGUUGGUAUCGCUCGUCCGCCAGCACGACAGUUUGGCCCGGCCGUUUCCUGUUUCUGACGCUGCUUCUUCCCCUGCUUCCCCUUCUCUGAUGGGUUUAAAAAAAAC